AGCGUUACCCUGCACCCGCAGCGAUAAUAACGGCUUAACCGGGAUUGAGGCGGCGAGCAUAAACCCUUAAUCCAUAAACCGUAAACCAUGUCGGACACGAAAGACACAGAGCAAUACGGUGUCCUCCUCUAUUACAAGUAUGCACACAUUCCGAACCUCGACGACCUCCUCACCUUUUACCACUCCAACUGCUCCUCCCUCUGCCUCCUCGGUCGUGUUCGCCUUUCUCCCGACGGCGUCAAUGUCACCGUUGGCGGCUUCUUAUCCUCUUUGGAGAGCCACAUUGAAGCUCUCAAGGCCCAUAAUACCUUGUUUCACGACACCGAUUUCAAGCUCGCAACCUGUCAUCACCCGUUAAACGACAAAGUUGCUGAAGAGUGUGGAUUCACUUCUCUCUCGAUUCGGAUCGUCAAGGAACUUGUUACUCUCAGUUCUCAUCCCCUACUGAAGUCUCCAGAGAUCUCGAAUGCUGGAAGGCAUCUCUCUGCGGAUGAGUUCCAUUCUUCCCUUCUGAAUGCUAACAAGGAGAGUCCGGAAAAUGGCUUUGUUUUACUUGAUGCAAGGAAUCUGUAUGAAACAAGAAUUGGGAAAUUUCAUGCACCGAAUGUUGAAACUUUGGAUCCUCAAGUUAGGCAGUAUAGUGAUUUCUCUUCAUGGAUAGAUGACAAUGGUGAUCGGUUGAAAGGAAAAAAUAUCCUCAUGUAUUGUACUGGCGGAAUCAGGUGUGAAAUGGCAUCAGCAUAUAUUAAGUCAAAGGGUGCUGGGUUUGAGAAUGUGUUUCAGUUAUUUGGUGGCAUCCAACGGUAUUUGGAGCAAUUUCCAGAUGGUGGUUUUUUCAAAGGAAAGAAUUUUGUUUUUGAUCACCGGAUAUCAGUUGGAAGUUCAGAUCCUAAUAUUAUUGGUACCUGCCUUAUUUGUCGCUGUUCAUUUGAUGAUUACUCUUCACGCUGCCGAUGUACUUACUGCAGAAUGCUUGUUUUGGUUUGUUGUAAUUGCCAGAAUGAAUCUGCACAAUAUGUUUGUGAGCUAUGCGAAAAGCAGGGCAAGGCUGUUAGGUCAAAGCAGUUAAUUGAAGAUGGUGAAUCAAAAACGUCAUUGCCAGGGGUUGAGUUGCAGAACUUUUCUUCAGAUACUAUGUUCUUGCCUCAAGUGCCUAGGGGAGAUGAUGUAAGGACCUCAAGAAAACUGAGAAUCUUAUGCUUGCAUGGGUUUCGGCAGAAUGCAUCCAGUUUUAAGGGAAGAACAGCGUCAUUAGCCAAAAAGCUCAAGAAAAUUACUGAAUUUGUUUUUAUUGAUGCACCUCAUGAAUUGCCAUUCAUUUACCAAACCCCUGUGUCGGCUCUCAAUGUGAAUUGUGCACCAUCAUCAUCAUCAUUGCUACCUAGUCCUCCUCCACCUUUGGAGAAUUGCAGGAAGAAGUUUGCAUGGUUUGUGGCAUCCAACUCUGAUGGAAGUAGCGGUCCUGAUUGGAAGGUAGCAGAUGGCCCAUUUGAUCCGCUUCAAUACCUGGAGCAAACUUUUGGCUACGAUAUUUCAAUUUCACACUUGAAGAAUGUGUUUUCCCAAGAAGGACCCUUUGAUGGAAUCUUGGGCUUUUCACAAGGUGCCGCAAUGGCUGCCUUAGUCUCUGCACAAGAAGAAAAGCUGAAAGGUGAAAUGAACUUCAAAUUUGUUGUCUUGUGCUCAGGCUUUGGUCUCCGUGCGGAAGAGAUGGAACGUGGCACUAUCAAAUGCCCUUCUCUUCAUAUUUUCGGUGAUGAACAUGGUAAAGACAGACAGAUAGCCAACCAAGCUAGCAAGGAACUUGCUUCUCUAUAUGACAGCGAUUGUUCUGUGAUCAUUGAACAUGAUUGUGGUCAUAUAAUUCCUACUCGGUCCCCUUACAUAGAUGAGAUCAGGGAUUUCCUUGGGCGUUUUCUGUAGUAGAGUAAAAAAAAAUGCUCGAGUUUUUAAUACUAAAAUUUACAUAGUUGCUUCUAUGUACCACCUUUCUAAAAUAAUUGUAUAAUGCUCUAUGUU